CCGGUCACAAAUGACCGGUCACAAUAAUGGCCAUCAAUCACUGUGCCAAAUAACUUUGUCACAGCGCCUUCUUGAACUUUGGAUCAUUCCUUGAUUUUUUAGGAUGGAGAUCGGGACUUGUAUUCAUCAUGUUUUCCCGUGCUCAGUCACAUAGGUUGAUCACACGUAGGCAGCCUAGCUGCCUACGCAUAUAAUGUCCAGGACAGGACUCCUCUUACCAAUAUCUCAUCGCUCACUACACGAUCUCUUGCUCUUCAUCAGCUAACAUGCUGAUAUUCACCAAUAUCACUUGGCUGGACCUAUGUCUUGCCAGUGCUGGAGUGUAUCUGGUAAAGCAAGCAUUCAGCAAGAAGAACCCUGCACCAUAUCCCCCUGGACCUCCGGGGUGGCCUCUCGUUGGGAACCUCGCAGACAUGCCUCACACCAAGGCCUGGCUCACUUUUGCCCAGUGGGGCAAGAAAUAUGGUGACAUCUCGCAUGUCGAAGUUCUGGGUCGGCACAUCAUUGUACUGAAUUCUGUCAAGGCAGCGAUAGAAUUGCUAGACAAAAAAAGCUCUGUGUACUCUGAUCGUCCAGUUCUUACCAUGGGUGGUGAACUUGUUGGCUGGAAGUACGCUUUGGGUCUUCUCUCUUAUGGUGACCGUUUUCGCUAUUACCGCAAGAACAUUCACCGCGUCAUUGGCAAUCGCGCUGCUAUGGAUAUCUACGAACCAAUCGAGGAGAUCGAGACCCGCCGAUUACUGAAGCGCAUAUUUGCAAAACCCGAGCAACUGCAAGCACAUAUUCGACACACCGCUGGCGCUAUCAUUCUGCGAAUCUCUUAUGGAUAUGAGGUGAAGGAGAACAAUGAUCCCUUCAUUGAUGUUGCAGACCGCGCUAUGGACCAAUUAUCACGGUCCACUGACACUGGUGCCUUCAUGGUUGACAUCAUGCCAUGGCUGGCCAAGGUUCCCGAGUGGUUUCCUGGUGCUGGAUUCAAGUGCUUGGCCCGUGAAUGGCGUCAGACCCUCGAAGAGAUGGUUGAUGCACCAUACAAAUUCGUCAAGGAUCAGAUGGCUGCCGGAGUUGCCCCAGUGUCUUUCACCUCGAAUCUGUUGAAAGGCUGUACUUUGUCUGCGGAAGAGGAUCACAUGGUGAAAUGGUCUGCUCUAUCUCUAUACUCCGGUGGCGCCGACACGACAGUUUCUACAAUCUAUUCGAUUUUCCUGGCGAUGACGCUGUUCCCUGAUGUGCAGAAGAAGGCUCAGGCUGAAAUAGAUGCUGUUGUUGGCACUGAUCGUCUUCCCUCCUUCGCAGACCGCAACUCCCUUCCCUAUAUCGAGGCCCUUGUGAAGGAAGCACUGCGCUGGAAUGUUGUCGCCCCUACAGGUAUCAUCCACUGUGCCUCUGAGGACGAUAUCCAUGACGGGUACUACAUUCCGAAAGGAUCCUUGAUCAUGGCUAACAUUUGGUUCAUGCUCAAUGACCCGCAGAUAUAUGCUGACCCUUCGCAAUUCAAGCCUGAACGCUUCUUAGACAAUGACGGAAAGGAUCCCGAACGCGAGCCUCGCACGAUCUGCUUCGGCUUUGGUAGAAGGAUCUGCCCCGGUCUCUACCUCGCUGAUGCUUCCAUUUGGUUAUCUACGGUGAUGUCACUCGCUGUGUUUGAUAUUUCCAAGAUCGUCGAGAACGGCGUUGAGCACACCCCUGAGGUUGACUCCUCAUCAGGCACGAUCAGCCAUCCCAAACCCUUCAAGUGCUCUAUUAAGCCUCGCUCUGCGAAAGCUAUUGCGCUCAUUCAGGAGGAUGUUAACUAUUAAGGCCACGAAGAUUAUCCUUGUUUGUCGUGCAUUCCGAUAUCGUACAUAUAUAUCUUGUCGCAUCGAUGCUACUCAUGAUGACCUGGUCCACAUAUAAUACACACACAUCUGGCACCUUGAUGGCACCUCCCGGGG